CAACGGACCGCGGUACUCGUUUCCGCAGCUCUCAAAUUCUCCACCACUUUCGCCUGCACCCUCAGCAUCCCCGGAGCUCCGGCAGUCUCUGUCUCUUCUAGAGCCGGAGAUCUUCUUCGCGCCAAAUUAAUUCUAAUAAUUCAACGGAUAUGGCGGACUCGGAUAACGAAUCUGGAGGACACAACGCGGGCGGUGAUUUGUCGGCGAGAGAGCAAGACAGGUUUCUUCCGAUUGCUAACGUGAGUCGGAUCAUGAAGAAGGCGCUGCCGGCGAACGCAAAGAUCUCCAAGGAUGCGAAGGAGACGGUGCAGGAGUGCGUGUCGGAGUUCAUCAGCUUUAUAACCGGCGAGGCUUCGGAUAAGUGCCAAAGGGAGAAGAGGAAGACGAUUAACGGCGACGAUUUGCUAUGGGCGAUGACGACGUUAGGGUUUGAGGAGUACGUUGAGCCUCUGAAGGUGUACUUAGCGAAGUACAGGGAAUUGGAAGGGGAGAAGACGACGAUGGGAAGGCCAGGGGAGAAGGACGGUUCAUCUGGAGGAGGUGUUGAUGCUGCAGUAGGCGGCGGAGGUAGUGGCGGAGGUAGUGGCGGAGGAGUUAAUUCCGGUGGAUAUAACGGGAUGUACGGAGGGACAGGAUAUCAUCAAAUGUAUAAUUCGGGUCAGUAUCAACAAACGGGUAUGGGUAUGGGUAUGGGUAUGGGCGUUGGAGUGGGUAGUCCAACGGGCAGCCUGGGCAGAUCGGGCAGCAUUGGUAGGGGAGGUGGCGCUUCCUCUUUGAAGCCAGGUCGGUAAAGUGGGUUAGUUAUGAAAAAUUAAAUUAAAUAAAAAGCAAAAGAAAAUUAAAAGAAAGCGAAAAGAAAAAAAAUAAUUUCCCACUUUUUUUUUACUACUUUUUGCUAAUUGGGUUAUUUUUCUGAUUAAUUAUUGACAUGUGAAUUUUUAAGCUUGGUAUUAGGUUUUGUAUUUUUCAUUUGUAAUAUUAAAUUCAGUUUACGACUGUUUUUUUAUUUUAAUUUUGAAUAUAGAUUGGAAAUCGAGAACUUGUUGUAUGUAACUAUCUAUUGUGUAGCAAUAAAAUAUAAUUGUAUUUAUUGUAAA